UGGUCGCAUCACAGGGCGCGCACAGAGAUCUGCAACGAUCCGAUUUAACGGUGUUGCGACAGUCGCAAGACACCAGGAUAUGCGAAUGAUCGCAUAACAAACUCUUCUAUCACCUUUAAAACCACCACAAAUCCCUUAUCAAUAUGCGCCUGAUCACCGCUAUCGCCACAUUUCUGCUGGCUCUGACAGUAGCCGCGUCUGGCUCCUGGUCUUCGGAGGAAUGGGGGACGACCACCAUAACACUUACAUCCUCUAUGUCAAAGACCUUGACCAUCACCAAGACGUUGGCAUUCGCGAAUGCGACCACAAGUAGCAGCACCUAUUCUUCUCAGUAUACUGGGUGGAAUGCUACGGCAACCACUAUCAACAAGGCUACGUUAACAACAGCCUCGGCGAGUUACUACUCUGCCAGUCCUUCAAUCGCUUCGGUGACUGCCACUGGUGCAGGAAGUGUGCAAGAAGUCAACCUUGCCGUGGCUGCUCUUGCCGGUGCUGCUGCCAUGUUCUGGGCCUCGUCAUGACCAAACUCAUCCUGACCACCUCUCGACAAGCGAAACUC